AUGACCGAAGCGGAAAACUUCGAGGACGAUCUUUUCGCCGACCUCUACGAAGAUACUGACGCAAAGCCUACCGCGCCGGUCGCGAGUGCGGUCCAACAUACCGACACCAAAGCUCAUGACCAGCCCGAACCGGCUGCUGCCCCUGCCCCUGUUGCUGAUGAAGACAACACCGGCUACGAUGCGAUGAACCAAGAUGCAGACGACGAUGAAGACGAUGUUGACUUUAACCUGGGAGGAGGAAACGCUUCAAGCAGCACACAUGUGAUGCCGCAAGAUGAUAUGCCAACAACUCCUCCAUACGGGACUGUUCAUAAAGCCAGUGCCAAGGAAGAUGGGAAAAUGUUCAUUGGUGGAUUAAACUGGGAGACAACAGACCAAUCGCUACGAGAUUACUUCUCCCAAUUUGGCGAAGUCGUCGAAUGUACCGUAAUGAGAGAUAGUAGCUCCGGUCGAUCACGAGGCUUUGGUUUCUUAACCUUCAAGGAUCCCAAAACUGUCAACAUUGUCAUGGUCAAGGAGCACUUUCUAGAUGGCAAGAUUAUCGACCCCAAGCGGGCUAUUCCUCGCGAUGAGCAAGAGAAGACGAGCAAGAUUUUCGUUGGUGGAGUCAGCCAGGAUACGACAGACCAGGAAUUCAGAGAGUACUUUGCCCAGUUUGGUCGAGUGGUUGAUGCCACCUUGAUGAUGGACAAGGACACUGGCAGACCCCGAGGUUUUGGGUUUGUCACCUUUGAGAGUGAAGCUGGCGUGGAUGCUUGCAUCAAUGUGCCGCUCGAGAUACAUGGGAAGCCCAUCGAAGUUAAGAAGGCUCAGCCGAGGGGCAACCUACGUGAAGAAGAAGAGGCAGCUAAGCGUGGGAAGUUUCGAAAGGGCGAAGAACAGUCUGUUCAAGGUGGCAUGGGCCAGCAGAUGGGAGGCAGCAACUCGGCCAUGACGCCACAGCUGAUGGCCCAAUAUUUCCAGCGUAUGCAGCAAUACUUUGCCAUGAUGCAGUCGCAGAUGGCCAUGUCGCGAGGCAUGCCCAUGAACCCGGCCAUGUGGCAGCAGAUGCAACAAAUGCAGCAGAUGCAGCAGAUGAUGGGUCGUGGCGGUGGCCCUGGACAGAACAUGAUGGGCCAGAUGAAUCCUCAAAUGAUGCAGCAGAUGCAACAGAUGCAACAACAGAUGAUGCAGCAACAGCAACAGGGAGGCGGCCAGGGCGGAGACGGCUACAAUGGCUAUGAUCAGUACCAACAGCAAGGUCCCCAGGGCCCUCAUGGCGGCCGGCGAGGCGGUCGUGGGGGCUAUGGAGGCGGCGGAUAUGGCAUGGGCGGAGGUGGAGGGGCUCCCACUUCUUGGGAGGGCAUGUACGACGACGUGCCACAACCUAAUGCCAGCCAGGGGUCAUCUCGGCGUGGUGGAAGUGUUGGCCAGGGAGGCACGCCGGAUGCUCAGCACUCGCCACCAGCGAACGCCCCAACUGGGCCUAAGAAUGCCGGAAAGCCUGGUGCAAAUUACCGCGGCGGAGGUCGUGGCGGAAACAGAGGCUUCCAUCCCUAUGCCCGAUGA